AAUUUAAAUUAUACUAAUUUUAAACACAAUACACAAAAUUGAUAGCUUCUAAACUCCAACAUAGAGUCCAAUAAAUAAAAGCCCAAGAGUGGAGAGUCAAUCAAACUCGUUGCUCCCUCACUCACUUUCAUUGAAUCUCUGAACCUACUCAUCAAAUCUCGAUUCCUCUUACCUUCCCUCACGAAAACGCACCCUCUUCAAUUUCAAACCACAUUCCUUUACUUCAAUCUCAAAACAAAACCAGCAGAAGUAUCGGAAUAAAAACCCAAAAUAUUCCCCCAAUUCCACCAACAAAAACAUUAUCACCAAAAACCAAAAGUCACAAACCAAAAACAACGAAAAAAAUGACAACAAUAACAACCACCUCGUUAGCGUCAUUAGAAAGCUGGGCCAUCCUCCCAUUCUUCAUUAUGUUCCUCUCCAUAUACUUGAUCGGAUACUUCCUUAUUUUCCGCAAACAAACCCCCAAGAUCCGACCCGAAUUCUCCAGCUGCCUGAUCUCGCUCUUUCACGGCACCCCCGCCGCAAUCCUCGGCUUCGCCGCCCUCCUCUCCGAUAGCCACCGCGGCUUCGCUGCCCCCAACACCGCCUUCCAGAAACUCGUCCUCGACUACAGCGCCGCCUACUUCCUCACAGAUCUUCUUCACUACGUCUUUUUCUACCCUAGCGACGUGCUCUACAUCGCGCACCACGUGGCGACCCUCUUCGUGGUCCUCACGUGCCGCCACGCGGUCUCGCAUGGCGCGUUCGCAGUCCUCGUCCUCCUCGUCCUCGCCGAGGUCACCAGCGCGUGCCAGAACGCGUGGACCAUCGCGGGGGCGCGGAAGGGUGAGGACGCGCGAGCCAGGCGCGUGCACGACGCCCUCUCGCCGCCGUUUUACGCGGCGUAUUCGGUCGUGAGGGGGCUCGUUGGGCCCUACUUUGUGUACCGGAUGGUUGUGUUCUACGCGAGUGGGGGCGCGCGUGGGCUUGUGCCCGUUUGGGCCUGGGCUUCGUGGGUCUUGGUUGUGGUUAUGGCUAUUGGGGUUAGUAUCUUGUGGAUUUGUAAUCUUUGGGUUCAAUUUUUUAGGGAAAGGAGGUUGAAAUUGGAAGAGAAAAUUAGAUAGAGAACAGGGUUUGUUGUUCUAAGCAAAAGCAGUUAGAAUUAUUAACAAUGUUCUCUUUGUUUUUUUCAAAAAAAAAAUAUUACUUGUUUAUUACUAUUACUAUUAUUCUAA